AUGGCUGUAAUGCGAUGGCUUUUCGCGGCGGCGAUUGCACGUAAUAUCGAGAAGAUAAGGGAGAGAGAGAGUGGAGGAGAGGCGUAUGAUAAUGGGUGGUGGGGGCACACCGUCGUGGACGACACGUGGAAUAAUAAUGAUAUUUGGAUCGCAUGCGCAGCAAGGAAUGUCACGGCAAACAUCAAUAUGCGAGACCAGAUUCUUCUGUCUCAAGCAAGGUUUAGCUCUCUUCACACUGCUUCAGGCCUCAAUGAAAUUAGAAGUUGUGGGAGAGCUCAUGAGAGUUCAGAAACAAAAAGCGAGUCCUAUUAUGCUAGUACACUUGUUCUUAACCCGUUUACCCGUGAGAGCUUCUACUUACCCCCAAGGAGACACGAACACAGAUCCCGUUUUUUAGCUUUCUCAGCCGCUCCUACAUCACCUAGCUGUAUGGUCAUCUCCUACACCCAACUACGAUCCUGCGGAUCUGUUUUGAUCGAUACUUGGCGGCCUGGUGAAACCGAAUGGACUACACACUGCUUUGAGAACCAGUUACCCUUUCGCUAUUGGUCCAAAUGUGUCUUCUCCAAUGGCAUGUUCUUCUGUCUCAGUGAAUGCGGCUAUCUUGGGGUUUUCGACCCCUCUAAAGCAACGUGGAAUAUUCUUCCAGUGAAACCAUGUCCGGCCUUUUAUCAGUUUGAGUUUGAUUACACUCAUAACCCAGUGUUUAUGACGGAGCAUGAAGGAGACAUCUUUGAUAUUAUAAUGUUUAGGCUUUGUAACUGUAGGAGCUAUUGUGGAGAAGUUGACCAGGAUAUAGUUUGGAUAAACCGGUUUUACUUCAAGUACAAGAAAGACAGAGUCUCUCCUAACGAAGUUCGUCUCCCUUUCUACCUUGAGCUACAAGUUUCAUUGACUGCUGUUGCCUUGACCUAUGGAUUUGCAAUGGCUACACUUUCUCCUAAUUUCGGAUUAGGCUUGUUUUUCUUGGUGAUCUCCGUGGAAUUACCCAUCCCUAGUCUAGUUCGGAAACAUGCCAAGAAAACCAGAAUCUAUCCUCUAAGAAGCACUACAACAACCACCUCAACUUCCAAUUCCCCUGUUUUCUUCUACAUAUUUACUUGAUUGGUUUGUGUUCUUGAGUUGUGUAUUUGAAGAGACUUUG